CCCAGUUCUGGGCCUUGCCUACCGGAAAGCUCGCGACUGUUUGUGAAAGGAGUGUCGCGUUGUUAUGACGUUGCCUGGCCAAGCGCGUUUCGCACCUGCGUGCGACCCGAUGACGUUGAGCGAGCACCUGAUGACGUCAGCUGGCCACCUUGUUCCUGUUUUGGCAGCUAACUGCUGUUAGCUGCUAGCCGUCACCCGAAUGUCCACAGAAAUGUGGGCGUCGUGUUGUCAUUGGCUCUGUUUGGACUCCGCCGCCGACGAGGUCGGCGGGGCCCGGCCGCGCCCUCGGUCCUACACAAACUCCGCCUUCAGCGCCCAGCCGACUCCGCCCCCCGCACCAGAAAACGCCUGCAAAGCUUGUGGCCGGCGUUUGGACACGCCCACCACCAAGCACGUGUGCGCCGACUGCAAAGAAAACUACUGCAACCGCUGCUCGGCCCAGUCGGAGCCCCGGCCCCGCCUGUGUCACACCUGCCGGCGUUUCCACGGCAACCUGCUCCAACGGGCCGAGCUGAUGAAGCUGAAAGUCAAAGAGCUGCGAGACUACCUGCACCUGCACCACGUCGCCACGCACUUGUGUCGCGAGAAGGAGGAGCUGGUGGAACUGAUCCUGAGUCAGCAGCCGUCUCCGUCCGAACCCCUCGACGGCGACCCCGCGCUCCACCCCCCCCCGCCGACCCUCGACCCCGACGUCCGGACCCCCGGGGCCGUGACUCCCGACGACGGCCCCCCCGCAGAAGCCGACGUCCCCGACCGGGAACAGGGCCCGGAGCCCCCCGAGGACUCGGCCGAGGACGCGGCGGGCCGCAGGGCGUCGCUGUCGGACUUGGCGAGCGAGGACGACGUCGAGGCGCUGAGCGUGCGGCAGCUGAAGGAGAUUCUGGCCAGGAACUUUGUCAACUUCAAAGGCUGCUGCGAGAAGUGGGAGCUGAUGGAGCGGGUCGCCCGCCUCUUCCGGGACCGCCGCCGCAACGCCGCCGCCGAGGAGGACGGCGGUUGCGCUCCGACGGGCUCCGAGCAGAACCUGUGUCGCAUCUGCAUGGACGCGGCCAUCGACUGCGUGCUGCUGGAGUGCGGUCACAUGAUCACGUGCACCAAGUGCGGCAAGCGGAUGAGCGAGUGUCCCAUCUGCCGCCAGUUCGUCAUCCGAGCCGUCCACGUCUUCAGGUCCUGACGCGGACUCCCGAGUCCGCCGGAAGACCACAGCGAACUCGCUUUAUGUUUACACCUUUUGCCUCGGUGGAGGUCGUCCAAAAUGCUGACGUCGGACGAUGAAAAUAUUCAACGCGGCGCCUUCACAUCUUUGUCUUUGCGUGUGUGUGUGCGUUUAGUAACAAUUUUUCGUUGUUACGACUUGCCGAGUACUUUUUCUUUCCGAAUGAUGAUGAUGAUUACGAUGAUGUACAACUCUUUUAAAUAAAAGUAUCAAUUUGUCACCGGC